AUGGGCCAUCGAAGUACAGUCAGUCGAUCCGGCACUGGUUUCGAGUUGUUCCGUCGUCAGGAGCGAAAACGAGACGAACGUCUGAACGGACAACGGCGGCGGUGCGACCUCCCUUCUGCGCCAGCCGCGUCAGCUGACCACUGGUCGCCACCGUUUCCGACAGUCCUGCUCUCACAAACGACUGACCGACCUGGCGACCGACCCGGCGACCGACCGGCGAUCAGUGCCAAGGACAGCAGCGGCGUGCAACCGGCAUAG